UGCAUAAUACGUCGGUCGUAUAUAAACUACGAUGCUCUAGUGAGUUUAGCCGCUUAAUUUUGAGUACAUUCGUAUUCGUACCAUCUUCCUAUUCGGUAACAACUUGCAUUUGUUACAGCGUUGUAUGUUUGAAUCAGCACCUUCUAUUUCGGAGCAAACGGAUCCCUUUUUCUCCUGUUCAAUUUUUCGAGUGAUACCGUUUUCAGGACCCAGCUUGCUAAAAGAUGGCUGAAGAAAGGUAUAUUCCGCCUAUUGCUUUUGAGCACCAGUAUAAAGGUAUAUGGUACCCCGGUGUCGUACUAGACUCGAGUAUUGAUCGGAUGAGAACCUUUCAAGUACGCGAAGAUGAUAUCUGGAUUGUGACCUAUCCUAAAGCAGGAACUCAUUGGAUGAUGGAGAUUAUUGGCUUAAUACUCAGCAACGGGUAUCCAGAUAAAAUAGAUCGGUCGCUCUACUCCUCCGCGAUAGAAAUGAUUCGCGUAAAUCAAAAAAUUCCACGUUCGAAGGAAGAGGAACAGGAGCAUCCGAUAGAUUGGUCACCAUUCAUGGAUGUAAUCGAUAGGGCGCCCUCACCGAGGGUUCUCUUGACUCAUCUCAACUACGAUCUUCUACCUCAGGAUUUACUGAAGGCCAAGGUUGUUUAUGUUGCCCGAAAUCCAAAGGAUAUCGUUUUGUCGUGGUUCGAUUUCGCAGGAAAGAACCCCGCUUUGCCGUUGACCAUGGACAAAGCCAUUACGAAGAUGAUGAAUGACGAAGUGCACUGGGGUCCUUGGCCGCAACAUGUUCGUCAGUUCUGGGAGCUCAGGGACCAUGAGAAUGUAACGUUUGUUUUGUACGAGGAUCUCAAGAAGGAACCGGCCAAACACAUUCAGACAAUUGCUUCAAGUAUUGGCCGCCCCCUAUCGGAGGAAGUUCUAGAUCGUGUCGUGAAGUUCAGCCACAUUGAUGCACAUAGAGAAACAUUCAAGAAAAUGGCGGAAAGUGGACAAGGAGGUCUUGUGAAAGGUUCAGGACCUGCUGGAACUUUCAAAUUCAUAAACAAAGGUGUGACGGGUCGCUGGAAACAACACUUCACUGUGGCACAGAACGAAGCCUUUGAUGAAUGGUAUAAAUCCAAGAUGGCGGACACGGAUCUUAAGUUUACAUUCGAGUAAACGCCGAUAUACAGAUUACCAACUCUAUUUUGAAGAAAUUUAAAUCAUUUCUAAUCCUCCAGCCCGAAAGAAAGAAUUAAUUACAUUUUGCUAAAAUUAGGAACUGGGUCCCGUUUCAUAAAGGACUUGCAACUGUUGUAACUUUGUCAUUAUGGCAACUACCAUGGGAACCUUGAUUCUGAU